CCACUUCCGGGUUGGUUCUCUUCUGACACAACUCGUGACAGGUUUUAUUUACCGCCAGCCAAACUGCAGGAAGGUCACCGUAGUCAAAAUCCACUGGUAUAACUUAUCGUAAGGCCAGACGGCCUCAGAUUAAUUUAAACAUGUAUAUUUGUAGGUAACUGUAAUUAAAGCUGUAGCGAAGGACCAACCAUGUGGAGAGUUCAAGGUUUCUUUGGAAGAGUUCUGCAUCGAUACCAUGGGAGCAGCACGUUGCGACUGCCCCAGAACCACCAUGUGGAGGACGAGGUCAUCAACAGCUCAGCUGCCCUCUCCACAUCUCGACACUCCUCUGACAACAGCUCUCAGAGGGAAGAGGAUGGGGGGAGGAGGAAGAAGCAGAGGAACUUUCAGUUUGGAUAUGCUGAUGAGUUUCCACGUUACUCAGCUCUGGAUGCUGUGGGAUGGGGUGCAGUGGCGGUUCUAUUAAUGCAGAUCUGCAGGAGGAUCCACUCCAGGUUCUCCUCUGGCACUGAGCCCAGUCCCAAUCCUGGAACCCUGACAGCUCCCUUGUCUCUACAGAAAUGCGGCUACCGCAUCCUGCUGGAGAUUUUAUCUAGACAGUAUGUCCUGCCCAGAGGAAGGAGUGUAUUGUGUCUGCAGACAGUGCCAGAGAGUCAAAAGCAGGGUCAGUUUUCUGCUCAGAACAGCAGCAGCAGCAGCAACAACGGUCUUUCCAUCAGCAGUGAGCAUCAUCUGACCGCUGACAGCUCCAGCUCUGACCACCAGGGGGAACUGCUGAGCCAGGACUCACUAACACCUGAGGAAUCACAACUGUUUGAAGCCUGGUCACAGCAGAAUGAAGCCAGCCAAGACAACACAGAGAAGAAAGAUGUAGAGGGUUUGUUGUCUGAUGAUGGGAGGCUGGGAGAAGCAGCACUUAAACUCAGACAAGUGGGAAGCACCAGCGUUCCCGUCAUUCUCAACAUCAUCGGUCUAGAAAAUGUGAAAAGUGAGAAGUAUGAAGAAGCUUUCAUCUGCUUUCUGGCUGCAGCUCAGCAGGGCUAUAAUAAAGCACAGUUUAACGCCGGGGUGUGUUACGACAAAGGCAGAGGAGUCGGCCAGGACAAGGAGAAGGCUCUGUAUUAUUACAGACAGGCAGCAGCUGGAGGCCACAAACAAGCUAAGUAUUGCUGUGCAAAGCUGCUUCUGACCAGCAGGGGGCACCAGAGUGUGGAGAAGUUGACUACAGUGAUCAGCCUGCUGGAAGAAGCUGCUGCAGCAGGACUCACCAAGGCUCAGCUCUGUCUCGCCUCUGUCUACUCUCGGGAUCCAGAGAGAUAUGGCUGCAAGUCUGUCCAGUAUCUGAAGAUGGCAGCAGAGAGCGGAGACGAUGCAGCCCUGCUGUUCUUGGGUCAGUGUUAUGAGAGAGGUUUUGGGGUGCAGCAGAACUUGAAGACAGCAGGUGAAUUCUACAAACAAGCUGCUCAAGCAGGCAACAAGCACGCAAAAAGCCUACUUAUGCCAACUAAUAACAUAUACAGUAAGGAAGACGCAGUGAUGCGCUCCAUUCGCUCAGCUCCGUGCUUCUCUGUGACAGGCGGUGUUCUUCAGCAGCCACUCUCCUCCCUUGCCAGUUGUCACUCAGCCACUCUCUCUCACCUCCCUCACUCCUGGAGCACCAGUAACUUGGGUGCAUCAUUUUCCUCCACACCUCUUCACCUGCAUCCCCCCUGCACAGAGACAAGAGCUUGCCAGUGGACCGUAGGGAUCGGAUAGAUAGUGAAAGCCAGCACAAGGCAAACUGAGGAAUGUAUUUUAAAAUAUAAGUGUAGUUUCACCAAAGAAAAGAGUCAGUGUUAACUCUGUGCAUGUUUUCAAGUCUAGAUAAAAGAUUAUAGUUUUGUACUUUAAGUAUGUUAAUGUUGAGUAGCUUAUCUUUUUUCUUCUUUUUUUGUUUGUUUAUAUAUAUAUAUUUGUAUUUUUUUGUAGAACCAGAAAGAAAGUUUUUUUAUUUGCUUUUAAACACUACAUUAACUUUUAUAAAGUUUUCAGCUCAAGGUGCCUUUUUGUUUUGUUUUUUCCUCCCCUUCCUCCCAUCCUCUGAGUUCACACUUAUGAAACUGUGCUUUAUAUUAGUGUUAGAUUUUAAAUCUGACAGUAUUUUCUGUGGUUAAAUAAUUCAAUGUCUUAUUUCAAAACUGGCAGUAACCUUCUCAAUACCCAGAUAUGCCAAUGUGGAUUAUGAUAUAUUGAGUGAAUGUUACACUUUUAAGCGCACAUUUUAAAAUAAUAAAUAGUCCAUCAAA